GUUCUAGAUUUCUGUGACAACUGAAAAUCAAAAUGCCUGCUGAUAUUGAGCGAACAAGUUUUAUUGGUGUAUCUGUACCAACAGAAGUUAAAGUAACCUUGAAACAUCUCAAUAAAAUAGAGGAUGCUGCAUUUUCUGGUGUUUUGAAAGUCGUCAAGCUCCAUCUCCUAAAUAAUAAUAAAAACAUUGAAGAAGAGUUUGAAAACUGUUGUCAGAAACAUGGUCAUGCAUUGGUGAUGGAAAUUUAUCCUGGCUUACUGAAGCUUGUACAGUCUGCUGUGAGACUUCCCCGGUAUUCACUUACCACUAAAGAUUUCCUGAAGGAUUUAACAGAUCUCAAUGUACCAAAGAAGUAUCACAAUACACUGCAGGAUAUUGUGUUUGGCCGUGACAGAGAAAGUAUCGAUGACAUGUGCAUGAAAAAGCGACCUAGGUAUCCUACUUUAAAUUCUUUCCGAUGGAGAGUCGAUGUUGGUAUAUCAACUGCAAGUUUAAAUAGAGUGCUCGAACCUACAAUAUUAAUGGAAAUGGAUUUAAAAGACGGCAAAAAGCAAUCAUUUGAGGUAUCUAAAGAGAAAUUCCAUGAACUUCGCUAUGCUGUUGCAUAUGUUCUGAAACAAAUGCAACAGUUGGAGAAAAGAUCAGUUUUACAGAUAAAAUCUUGAUUUUAUAUCAUCUUACUAUUACUCUGUGCAAUAUAUUUCAUUUCAAUCUUUAUUGUUUGUCGGGAGUUUGGGCAAUUCAGAAUAUCGAAUCUGGAGGAUUCUAAUCCCAAAGUAUUCUAAUAUGAUCCCAUAGCAGAAUUUGGUUUCCGCCUGUCUGAGGCCAAGGGUUAAUUUUUGUAUUUCGGGUUUAUAAAUCAAUUUAAUAAUCAAAUACAAGCCUUUUUAUUCCUGUCAGAAUCCCUUACCAUCGAUUACUAUUGCUCUCAUGGAACCAGUAUAAGCUGCAGUUAGCAAAUACGAAUCUCAUCGACAUAUUCGAAUAAGAAGACGUCGAUGAACACCUCACGAGAAGGCACAAUUUUUGCGUUUUCCAUUUAACAUAUAAUAAUUAUUGGUGCCGAAUUACUGGCAAUAUUCCGUUUACCAUGCUUCAUUUUACAUUGCAUUUUUUCCCGAAAAAAAGUGUAUGUAAACAAAAGCCAGACGUUAAUUGUUAUUACAUUUUUUUUGCGAUUAAUUUCUAUCAAAUAUUGUUUGCGCAUAAUUUUGAAUCUUUAUGACACGCCUUCUCCGAAAAUACAAAGUUAUAUCGCAA